AUGCUCGCCAGCCGGGGUCCGCUGUGCCGCGCCGAUGGCUCCGCAAGGUGGUCGCUAGACCCCCCUGCAGGCGACACGAGUGUGGUGGCGGGGGUGGAAGGACCGCGGCGGAUGGGCGGGGGUGGAAGGACCGCGGCGGAUGGGCGCGACACAUGUGUGGUGGCGGGGAUGGGACACGUGUGUGGUGGCGGGGGUGUAUGGGCCGCGGGGGACACAUGUGUGGUGGCGGGGGUGUAUGGGCCGCGGGGGAUGGGCGCGGCGGGAGGGGGGCUGGCGGGGGGAGGGGGAGCAGUGGGGCAGGGGGGCAAGGAGGACCCUCUGAGAGCCUCCCUGCAGGUCAUAUGGGCUCCCAGGAAUGGAAUAGCAGGCCCACAGGAGAAGUACAGCGAGGCAGUGGUGCGGCAGACAAUCGACGCCGUGCUGCUGUCGUCGCUGCUGCCGCGCACAAGAAUACAGCUGCAGCUGCAGGUGGUGCAUGACGAUGGCUCGCUGCUGGCGUGUGCUCUCAAUGCCGCCUUUGCUGCUCUCCUCGAUGCCGGCUUGCCUCUCGCCUGCCUCCCAGCGGCAGUGCAGCUGGCACUGGAUUCACAAGGUCAAUUGCUGCUCGACCCAACCAAGCAGGAGCAGCAGACAGCGUCUGCCACCCUCUGCACAGUGUUUGCAAACCACCCUCUAGCACCGGACGGCACAGUGCUUGCUACAGUGCCCACUGGGCCAGGAGGGGCGGCAGCAGCAGGGAGCAGCAGCAGUGGGCAAGAGGCGGUAGAUGGGAUGAUAACGUGUGAAGCCACAGGGCGGAUCAGAGCCCUGAAGUACGUGGAGGCGUUGGAGCGAGCAGAGCUGGCGUGUCGAGUCAUCGAUGCCUUUUCCCGCACCGGCCUUGAGCAAUAUCAGAAGAGAAGAGAGGUGGUGGCAGGCUGA